AGUUGGUCGCGGCUGCCUCCGUCUUUGGUUGCGGAGUUUUCGAAAACCACUUCCGGUGUAGCAGCAAACAUGGCGGAGAACAAACAAAUGCCGAAGGUCGACAUGCAGAAGGAAUUCGCUAGUUUAAGCGAGUCGCAGAAAUAUUUCGUUCGUAAAUUGGAGUCUAUAAACAAAGAAAGAGCCCAGAGUAUCAAAAGUCUAAAACGACGCAACUUGAUGACAGGGUUUCUCAUUGGUGGCUGUGUUCUUGCAAUUUAUAUCUAUUCCAUGACAGCCGUACGCCAAGAGAAAUUUCUAGAUGAAUUUGAUGCGCUCCCAAAUAGUCAAAAGAAAGAACCUGCUUCUUAGUAACAAGAGAAAAAAACAUGAAUUUUUAUUAUUUGUACAAAUAGUGAUUAUCAUUAUUAUUGUUUUCAUUAUGCUUUAAAAAA